AUGAAAUUUUCACACAGCAUUCAGUUCAAUGCGGUGCCAGAUUGGAGUUCAAAUUAUAUUGCGUACAGCAACCUGAAGAAACUCAUCUAUACCCUCGAGAAGCAAGUUCAUCGGCCUGAUGAACAGUCCGCCCCGGACGUUGAGUCCGCCCCCCUGUUGUCCGGCGCACAAGUUCAGAACCCGGACGGUGUAUUCAAGCGUGCCCUCGAUGCGGAACUGGACAAGAUUUGCACCUUUUUCCAGCAAAAGCAAGGGGAGAUAUUUGAACUCACAGAUGAAUUGAUACAUGAGGGCACGGAGUAUCUUAUGCAAACAGACGGUGUCAAUAUGGAUCCUGUGAGCGAGAGUGUGGUCAAGGCGAGAACCCUGAGUACCAGCUCUCGUCCGGGAACUGGCUACAAUCAACCUCAUCGUCGCCCAUCAGGUGGCGUGAGUGACGAUGCGGAUGAUAGCGACGACGACGGUUAUCCUCCUGUGCUCAACCCCCGCAAUCGACUCAUGCAGUCAACUGAUGGAGAGUCUACAACGGAAGACCGCGCAGGCGACAUGGCGGACUCGGCCUUCUUUGGCCUCGGAAGCAGUCGUGCGCCCCAGGAUUCUGACCUCAGUGACCAGGCUUUCCUCGAUCUGUACAAUACGGGAGUCUCGCUGAAGAAGCGUCUCGUCGAAGCCUAUGUCUCUCUGUGCGAACUACGUUCAUUCAUCGAGCUGAACAAGACUGGCUUCUCCAAGGCCUUGAAGAAGUACGACAAGACCUUGUUCCGCAAUAUGCGUCGGGAUUACCUCGGUUCAGUCGUCAACCCAGCGCUGCCAUUCACCGAUUCCACCACGUCCGCUGUUGAUGACCACAUUACUAAGGUAGAGGGUAUCUAUGCUGAAAUUGUCACCAAAGGUAGCCGGCCUUUGGCUAGCCGGGAACUGCGUCUACAUUUACGUGAGCAUGUGGUCUGGGAGCGAAAUACCGUCUGGCGCGAAAUGAUUGAGAUCGAACGCCGUGCGCAGGCCGCGAAUGUCGGUAUUCGUCGAACUCUGCUGGGUGGUGAUGAAGAUCCGGUCACGGCACGCCGCCAGGGUGACAAACAAGAAAUUCGAACUACAGAGAUUGGAACCCCCCUUGGCAGCAUACACUUCCCCACAUGGCUCUGCAGUCUCAGCUUCGGUACUCUGGUCUUCAGCUUUGCUGUCUUCGGAGCAUUGCUGGCCACGCCCUUGAUGGAGACACCCGAGCAACAGAACUGCCUUGCAAUGCUGGUUCUUGUUAGUUUCCUCUGGGCUACCGAGGCCAUUCCGCUUUUCGUGACUUCGCUGCUGAUUCCGUUCCUGGUUGUUGUGUUGGGUAUCAUGCGAUCCGAUGAAAAGCCACACAAGCGACUUGGUCCAAAGGAAUCUGUUGGCAUGGUAUUUGCAGCUAUGUGGACUCCAGUUAUCAUGCUUCUUCUGGGUGGUUUCACCAUCGCUGCAGCUCUAUCCAAAUAUGACAUUGCCCGGCGCAUGGCUAUGUUUGUUCUGAGCAAGGCUGGCUCCAAGCCAAAGACCGUGCUAUUAACCAAUAUGUUUGUGAGCAUGUUCCUCAGCAUGUGGAUCAGUAACGUUGCGUCCCCUGUGCUCUGCUACUCGAUUAUCCAACCUCUUCUUCGCAACUUGUCCCCGGACUCGAACUUCGCCAAGGCGCUGGUUUUGGGUAUUGCCCUGGCCGCCAAUGUCGGUGGUGCAGCUUCGCCAAUCGCUUCACCGCAGAAUAUCAUUGCUCUACAGAACAUGUAUCCCAGCAUCAGCUGGGGCACAUGGUUCUUCAUCGCGCUGCCUGUCUGCAUUAUUUCCAUCUUCCUGAUCUGGGCCCUGCUUCUGGCGACGUUCCACCCGGGACGCAACACGACCAUUAUCCCCAUGCGCCCAGUUAAGGACCGCUUCACUGGUAUUCAAUACUUUAUCAGCGCCGUGACUCUCGGAACUAUCGUGCUCUGGUGCGUGAGCCACCAGCUCGAGCAUGUCUUUGGCGACAUGGGUGUCAUAGCCAUCAUUCCCCUUGUGUUAUUCUUCGGCACGGGUAUCCUGAACAAAGAAGAUUUUAACAAUUUCCUCUGGACGAUCAUCAUCCUCGCUGCUGGUGGGUUGUGUCUUGGCAAGGCCGUCACCUCCUCUGGUCUUCUGCACACCAUCGCUGGGAGUAUCACCGAGCGAGUCGAGCAUCUGAGUCUGUAUAGUGUUCUCCUCGUCUUCUGCGCAUUGAUUCUUGUCAUCGCCACCUUCAUUUCUCAUACCGUUGCUGCUCUGAUCAUCCUACCUCUGGUCCGUCAGAUCGGCGUCAACAUGGAAAACCCUCACCCCAAUCUGCUGGUCAUGGCCAGCGCCUUGAUGUGUUCCGUUGCGAUGGCCCUGCCCACAAGCGGGUUCCCCAACAUGACUGCCAUUAUGACCGAAGUCCCGACAACAGGCCAGCGCUACCUUCAAGUCCGCCAUUUUAUCACUCGAGGUGUCCCAUCAAGCUUGAUGUGUUUCUUUGUGAUCGUCACCCUCGGCUAUGGACUGAUGUAUGUUGCGGGACUGUAA